AUGCGACUCCUGCAUACCCAUUCGCUCGAGAUUCACUUCUUCCCCGCAUCCAUUCCUGCAUAUGCGAUCCUAUCACAUACCUGGGAGCAGGAUGAAGUUACAUUCCAGGAGGCGCUUUGUCCAGAUGGCCCAGUGAAGAGCAAAUUAGGCUACGAGAAGCUGCAGAAGGCAGCGGACCUUGCAGCGCAAGAUGGCUUCGAAUACAUCUGGAUCGACACUUGUUGCAUCGACAAGACAUCCAGCUCUGAGCUCUCCGAAGCCAUCAACUCCAUGUAUCGAUGGUAUCAGAAAUCGAGCGUUUGCUAUGCGUUCCUCUCAGAUGUUCAGUAUUGCGCGAGCUCGAAUACCCUGGUUCAACCAGACAUCCGUAACAGCAAAUGGUUUCUCCGCGGUUGGACUUUGCAAGAAUUGAUCGCACCUUCGACUCUUGUAUUCUAUUCUAGAGAAUGGAAAGAGAUUGGGACCAAAUCUAGUCUGAGAGCUACCAUUUCUCAAAUAACUGGGAUACCGGAACCUGUGCUGCUUGGGGAGAAAAUAGGAAAUUAUAGCGUCGCGCAACGCAUGUCCUGGGCAUCCAGAAGACGGACCACCAGGGUCGAGGAUAUCGCAUAUUGCCUCAUGGGUAUCUUUGGCAUUACUAUGCCUAUGCUCUAUGGCGAGGGUACGCGGUCCUUUCGUCGGUUGCAGGAAGAGAUAAUGCGCCAAAGUGAUGAUCAGUCCAUUUUCGCGUGGCGACGC